GGUGGGGGAGUGACAUAGCUGCUGAUCUCCAGCCUUGGCCGUCUUUUGGGCCAGCGUUUGGGGAUCUCUCCGGCUGAAUCGACUCGUCAUCUUUACCAAAGGUUCGCAAUAUCUCUGGAGGGGAAAUGCAUCCGCCUGGAUUCACCGUUGUCUACAACUCCUCCCUCUUUAGAUUGUUUGUUGUGUUUUUUUUUGUUUUUGUUUUUUUUGUUGUUCAUUAUCGUAUAGUAGUAUGCCGGUUUGUACUUUUCUUGUUUUUGGUGCGUCUAUAUAGUCUGUGUCUGUCGUUUGCCCUUAUUUGACUUUUCGUGCGCGCGCGCGCGCAUGCCCUAGCUUCAUUUUGCGCAUGCCCAAUAAAGCAUGCUAGGAAUGUCCAUGAAUUCCGGUGUAGAUCCGGCCACCACAUCCAUAUAUCCACACACACAAGAUCAGGCACUCAAAAAACUGGACGGAAAGAGGAUAUGAUCGGGUCCUACUGGUCUGCGUUACUGGUUGUGUGGCUGUGGCAGAUCCGGGCCAGCCUCAGCUACACGUACGAGCUAAAACCGCAGGUGACCUUCGGCGGUAGUGGAGUGGACUCCGCGAUCGUCAUCGGCUCGUUCGUUGCCUACGGAAAGAAGGAGAGUGUCGGGAGGGAGCAGGUGGCCCUGGCCGACAUUACCUACGGUUGCCCUGGAUCGAACGGAACACUGUCAAAUACCCGUUAUGGGUCGGAGUUUAUCGUCGUCCUCGAGCUCUCUCAGCAGUGCGACGACUACCUCCAGGCGAAGAAAGCCCGUCAAGACGGGGCCUCGGGAGUCGUGUUCUACUAUUCCUCUUCGUCGAGCAAGAGCGGGUGGUCGUCGGGAGGCUACGACGAGCUAUCAAUCCCCGUGGUCGUGGUGGAGCUAUGGGAUGAAGUCGUGGAUCGCCUCACAGGCCGGCAGACGCCCAAGUACACUAACGUCCUCAUCGAGAGCAAGAACGUUGCCGUUGCUCCCCAGCAGCGAACCUUUUACUUCAUAGUGACGGCGUUCUGUAUCCUCAUCCUUCUCUCGUGUCUGUGGUUUUUCACCAGCUACUUCAGGAGGUGCAGAUACUCUCUCAGGAAUAGGAGAAGACAGGCUAGAGCACAGAACACUGCCAGGAAGGCCAUCAGUAAGCUGAAAGUCAGGACGUACAAAGUCUCAAAGGGCUCCCAGGAGGUUGAGAGCUGCGCAGUCUGUCUGGAGCUGUACUGCAACAAUGAUGUCAUCAGAAUAUUGCCAUGCAGACACGAAUUCCACAAGAACUGCGUGGACCCCUGGCUGAAAAUCAAACACACCUGCCCACUCUGCAAGGGGAACAUCACCACCUCCAAAUCCCGGAACACCUCCACCUCCUCCUCGGUGGUGACAACGACCACGUCAGACGACCGACAGAGACAGCGACGGACAAGCAGCAACUCUGUCACCACGCCGAUCUCUCUAUCCUUUCACUCCCUUGCAUCCUCCAGCGACUCGUCCAGUGGGUCUGACACCACCGUCACACAGCUCAACGAGAUGAGAGUCCUGACUCGCCCCGCCCCCUCUGCCCAGGUGGCCAUUAGCCUUGAGGAGGAGAGAGAAAGUACCGCUCCAGAUACAGAGAUUGUCUAACAAACUCCCUUGUCUUUUCUCAAUUGUGUUUUUAUGUCUUGCCUAAACUGUGGGAUAACCUUUUUCUUUUUUUGUUUUUGUAUGUAUCAUUGUGUAAUUUGGUGGACAGUACUAUCUUUGUUUGUGCAGCUCAUGCUCAAUUAAUUUGGAGUAUAUCAUUUUAGACUUAUACAAACCUUUUGCCAUGAAGUUGCAUGGAUGAUCCUGCAUGGUGUUACUCAGGUGGCAACCAUGGCUCUAUAAUAGCAAUGGGCAGGACCUUAACUAUGUGGAA